AUGGAUAAUGUUGAUCCAUUGCAUCAGUUUUGGGUAAAUCUGUACUUGUUAAACAGUAUAAAGAGUCGACAUGAAACAAGGUCAUUCAAACGGAAUCGACGUCGCAGCUAUCGCCGUCGUUCAAAAUCAGCCAAUACAAACUCGUCAUCGACGGGUUCCGAGGCAAACACCGAACCGAAGAAACGUUUACCGUUAUCGGUGAAUGCCUCCAUACUGUUGAUCUUUUGUAUGCUCGGUGGAUUGGUUUACUUGGGUGCCGGAGGUCAAAAGACAUUUAUCGAAGCAUUCUUCGUCACCUUCAAUCUGGUUGCAAAUCUGACCAUGGCUGAAAUGCCGAAUGAUUUGAAUCACGUUCUAACGCUUUUCUACAUUCUCAUUUUUGUAACGUUUGGUCUUGCGGUGCUAUCGAUGUGCGGUGAGUUGGCUGCUUCAGAGUUAAAAUCACUCUUCUUGAAGAUACAUUAUUUUGGACGUAAGAUUGAUUGGAGGCGUAAUCGACGAGAUCAUUUUAAAUGGAUUCAGGUUGAAGUACGUGAAAUGUUGAAGAUUAUUGAAGCGAUUCGUAAACGUCACCCGAAUAUAGGCAAAAUCUCAUCGGCCGAUAUUUUAGAAUAUAUGCAUGAAAUGAACGACGGUAUACAAAGUGCAACCAUGUGCACAAAACACGAGCGGCGAGAUACGAUCGCGUUUAUGCCGCAAACCAUCGAAGCACUGAAAUUCGCCGAUGAGAUGGAUAUGGAUGAAAACCAUCGCACAAUGUCACGAGUCGAAUACGAGAUCCAUCAUGAACCCAUUGGACUGAUCGAUAUCUGA